UAUGAUGCGCCAUUUUGGAACUUUCUAAAAUGGGCAAAAAGUCAUAACAUCAAAAUGUCUAAAAAAGAUAGACUCUAUCAACUGGAGAGGCCACCAUUCAGUUCCGUAAGUUUUAAAUUUUGUUUAAUGCAUAUUAUCAUUCAUACGUUUACAAGGCCCCUACCUCCUGUUAAAACAUUUUACUUAACUUGAUACUAGUAGAGACAAGGUUGUUUAGCUUAGUUCCUUAUAUUGUGUUUCCAUAAACAGAGGGAAUUUCACACGAAGUUUACGAAUCUUGUGGGACCUUUAAGUCUAUUUGAACCAGAAGAUGGAGCAGGUAGGGGACGGCUUUGUUUUAAUGUGAUUGCAGAUACUUGUAGGUCAUACGUUUAGUUUACACAAACUAACGUUGCGUUUUUUUGCAUUGUUUCAUUUAAAUUACAUUGCUUUGAACGUUUGGCUUUGCAGUUUAAGUCAAGCAAAGAAUGUUUCUCUCCACCUGGGAGAUCUAUCUGCUCUGGAAGAUGGAUUUUUCGAGUCCUGGACAUUGAAAAUAUUUUUCUUUCGUCUGUUCCUCUCUGUGUAAAAAAAACAAAUGGUUAUUACCGCCUCCCCCCCUUUUUACUUUUAAAUUUUAAGGAAAACCUUUGAGUAUGUUUUGAAAUAAUUCUUGUGAUAAUCAGCUGUACACUGAAAUUGUAUUAACUUUGUGAUACCUUCUUCCAUCUCUGAAAGAUAUUGGAAAUGAGAAUCCUGAAGUUGAAAGACCACUAACACCAAUUGAGGUACAUAACAUAUUGGAUGUUUGUACAGUACAAUUAACAGAGUUGGUAUAGCACCUUGAAUGUCUUCUGCACUCACUUGUAUGUAAUGUGUAGUAAAUAUGAUGUGAUGUAAACCUUGAUCAUUCAACAAGGAUAUUUUAACAGAUACUAUUUGAAAACAGGUGCUUUCUGAGGACAAUUAUUCUUGUUGAUUGAAGGUUUGACUCAAGUUGAGUGAAACAAAGUUUGUAAUCAGAGGUUUUUUUUACAUGGAUAGGAUGCAGUUAAAUGGCCACCAUCAUCAUUCAGUGCUUUGGCAAAACUAGUUCAUCCCAGACUCACACCAAAGGAGGGAAUUGCUGGACUGUCUGUUGGUGACCAGCACCAAUUGGUAUGUACACCAAUUCGCUUAUUUCUAAUUUUCAAGUAUGUGUGCAUAGAUUUGCAUCCCACUGAUGUCCAGAGAGAAUUUGUGCUUUUUAAUGUCAAGACUAAGGAUAAUCACCCCUGGUCUGUAUAUGCAUUAAUUAGAUGAUUACAUGUAAUAUGUGGUCUCAUGGGAAACUGUUGGUUUUGUUUUCCUUUCAAUCUCCAUCACUGUGUUUAUUUUCUGGGAUACAAUACUUGUAGAGGUAAAGUUGCAGUUACCUAAGAAAGAUGAUGUGAAUGGGUUUGCAGCUACAUGGUUGUGUAGGCAAAUUUGGCUUUGAAAAAUCCAUGAACUUUGAAUUUGUGUAAGAGUCAAAGCACCUUUGUGAUUAAAAAAAGUAAUCAUCAAUUUUGUUCUUAGAGAGUUUUGAUUUCAUUACAAGCAAAAAUACACCAUGGCAACAUUUUGCCUCAGUUGCAAAAAUGCAGUAUUCAACUUGAUGUUUUGAUCAAUUUCUUGAUUUAAUUGAUUGAUAAGUUUUUGUUGGAUAUGGCUCUAAGAGAAUGGGAUAGAGAGAGAAAAAAUGGCAUCAAAGUCACAAAAAUCAAAGUUUAAUUUUUCAAUAUACCAGUACCAACCUUGCUAAAUACUUUUUUGUUGAUACUUCUAUUAAUCCCAUGAAAAGUUUUUUAUAUUUUGGUGAGUAUAUAAACCAGAUUUUUUUACAACUCUCUACCGCCAAUGGUUACACCAUGUAAGAUGCUCAUUGCACAUGUACAUUUUCCUUUAGAUUGGAAUACUCAUGAAUGAAUUAAACAGCAUCUGGCGAGAUGUACAAAGAGGCCCUCCAGAUCCAUUCUUGGUAUUGCUAAUCAAUACAGAUAAUUUGAUUUUGUUUUUCAUUGAAAGUAUUAUCCUUGAACACUAAUGCAUGAAAACAAAAUUGACAAAUCGAUCAAUGAGCCUUUAAUGCACAUGUGCAUUCAUGUAUAAUAAAGUUUUGUUAAAGUGAACAAAUGCCAUGUCACAAGGCUGUUGAAAAACUUUUGAUUCAAACAAGGUAUUAUUUAAAAAUUAUCUUUUUUUUAUUCUCACUUGGCUUUUCCCCUUUUGGUUAUUAGACAGGACAACAGAACAGAGAAUUGCAGAGGUAAAAAAAUAGCUUACUGCUGUAAUAUGAGCAUUUCCUUUCAUGCAAGAAAUUUUGAGUUCUUGAGUAAUGGAAGCCAGCAAGAGGUCUGGUAGAGCUCAUUGUUAGUGCCAGAACUAAGGCACACCUCACCUCGACUCAUCUCAAAUCUUCCUGCAGGCAGGGAAAUGCUCGCCCUGCAGCAGUAUAAUAAUGAGUGCUGGCACCUGUCAGUCAAGUGCAUGAAGGAGGUUGAUACAUUGACCGAUACUUGGUCCACAUGACCCAUUAUUGGUCAACAGUUGGUCAAUACCCGGCCUUCAAGUUGACUGUUAGGUUGCAAUAAACAGUUGGCAACAUAAGUGUUGUACUGUUCCACUGUUGGUGCUAUUUGUGUGUUGUUAAUUGUUGUUUUGCUGAAAUAGCAGCUGUCUCACAGCCCUUCCCCUACCAAAGGGGACAGGAAAGAAGAGUUUCUAACGUCUUUGCGAUAGAGUGAAGAAUAUAACUUGAUUACAAAUUUAACUUAACUUGAGGUCUGAACAAGCAUGAGCAAAUGCUAAGUAAUAUUUGACCUACAACACAACCAUGAUGAGAAACAAAAAGAAGCUGAAAAAAAAGUAUUUGACAUAGAUGAAUGUUGCUGGCAUAAAAGUCAAGAAUGGAUGAGUUAAAAUUUAAGUAAAGAAGAUCACAUGUGGUAACAACAGCUGACCAAUUGUUGGCUGAGUGUCAGUAAAGUGUAAGGCAAUUGUCAGCUCAGUGUUGGUAAAGUAUCCACCAUUUGUUGAGCAAGUACAUGUGUACACGUGUGUCUGUCAAGAGGCAACAAAUGUGAGGCGACAUGUCCAUGGAUACUUGUAUGACAGAUACCUUUAGAACAGACAAGACUUUUUUCCUUAAGGACUCCCAUGCUCAGUGUAAUCAAAGAUCAGAGAUAAGGCAUAUCACCAUGUUCACACACCACUGUCUUUGCAGCAAGAACACCAAUUAAUAUUUUUCUGUAUUCAAGAAAGUUAGCUGCACAAUAAGUUAAAGUCAAAACUAAUUGGUCUUUCUAUUAUGCAAUUAUUGUCUAUAGUUUUUGCUUUGUUCCAUCAACAGACGCCUUACAAUUGAGAUUGUGGUUGUUGUUCAAGGACUCUUUGCUAAAUAUUUAGACAAAGCCCAGAGUAAGUUAAAACAUAGGCAGAUGUGUUUAAAAAUGGCAGGAGAUUGGGUAGAUGGUUUUUUUAGAUUUUCCUGAAGGUUUUGAAAACAAUUUUCAUGUUUCUGUGCAUCUGUGAAGAAAUGUAGUGCAUGUGCAUGACUUGUAGACAACUACUGCUUUGGUUGCAAUAUCUUCCCUUUAAGAGAUGGUAGUUAACAACCAAUCAAGAUAUAUCUAUAUGGAUUUUGAAAAAAAUUAGGUAAAGUGAAUAAUGACUUUCCUUUUUUAUCUUUCACUGACUUUGGUAUUGUUCAGCAGCUGAUAUAUAUCUUUUUUUAAAAAGCUGGCAUUUAAGGAGGUUCCUAAAACUAUUAAUGAAGAAAUAAGCAGUGUGUCACUACAUCAACUUUUAAUUCUAAGAAAUUCAAAGGGUCUAGUGCAAAUAAAUCUUUCUCUUCUUUAAAGAGCUUCACCAGAGAGGUGUAUUCAGCUGUCCUGCAAAUCUCAGUCGUCUCAAAACUCAACUGGCUUUGGAGGCAAAUAAAAGGUGUGUGGAUCCUGUGUCUUUGUUUCUUUCUGCAGUUAAACCUUUUGUAGCACUAUAUUAUACCCUUCUAAGGUUAAGAUGUUCAGUUAGGAGUGAUGUUGGCCUAUAGUGGUAGAAAUGAUCAUAUUCAUUAAAAAAGGUGUUUGUAAUAAUGAUAAUAGAUAAGGGGAAGUGUAUUAUGUAAACCUGAAAGCAGUACAAAUUAACACUUUGCAGGCGUGACUGCAUAGUGAUAGAGAACUAAAAAUGUAGGCACUGCACUUAAUGAAGCCUGGGAGGAAACUUUGGAUAACAAAUGCUGUUUGCUUUUGUCUUUGAAACCAUCAAAAGAUAUAAUAGUGUAGUUUGAUCAUCUGGGUGAGUGUAGCCCUGAGAAGGAUUGCUGUCAGUAGUGGUGACUGACAUUUUUACAAUCUGAGCGAAAGUCAUCAUUGUAGUCAAGUGAAUAGUUUUUGUCAGUUGACUGUUCAACUUACGAACCACACUAUUGACUGGGACUCUGUGCAAUGCCUAACCUACAGCACCAACUACUUUCAAUGACUUACUCUGGAAAGCUGGUUUAUUAACUUCAAACAGACUCUCCUCAACAGGUGUCAACCACUACUGGCACCAUACAAAUGACUCAUUGACAACAUUAACAUUACAAAUGAACCUAAUAGAACAACCUAACUUUACUUAGUCAGAUCGAGACUGACCAAUCAUGACUGACCUAUGCUACUUGAGUCUUAUAGCCAAUAACAUCACAGUAAAACUGACCAAUCAAUUUAUACAAACCAGACUAAGCUAACCAACAGAACAACACUACAAUCCGACAAACUCAACUACUUUAUUAAACAGCAAGUAAUGUUCUUACAAUUAAGGAGUGACUCCUAAAAGUAGUACUAUACUUAUUGUUAAUAAACUUGAUUAAGCCCACCAAAGUCUAUAUCCUUGCUCACCACCGACACAACCUCACUGCUGUCUCCAAAGUUCCUUGAAAUGAGGAAUCUUCUGCAGUAACUCUCUCUCAGUAUAGCUUUCAAAACAGUCAUCACUCCAACAGCAACAACCACUCUUACUACUACAUAAGUGAGUCUUUAUAUAUAUAUAUAUAUUCAUGAAUAUAUAUAUAUAUAUAUAUAUUCAUGAAGUGUUCUGGAACAUUCCAGAAGCUUACACAAGAACUAUUUUAGUAGUAUUAUAUAAUAAAUAUGCAUGACUUGAUGAAAUGUUCUGGAAAGUUCUGCAGUAUGCAAGUCAGCAGCAGUCUGGAGAUUUCUAGAAGAUUUUAUUUCAGGCUGUCAAAACGUCAGUCACAACUAUACCAACAACAGUCCUUCUCACUUACCUGGAUGAUCAAACUACACUAUUACUUGUUACCCCUGGGUUCAAACCAUUUACUGCAUCAAAAGAUACUUUGCAAUGAGAUUUGAGUGAACUCUAGUAAUUGUUUAAAACCUAGCUUAGGGAAGUUUAAACCAAACCUCCAUCCCAAAAAGUGCUGUCCCUGAACCAUGGGAAAAGAGUGCACAGUACAGUGUAGGUGACAAUAAUUACCCUUGAGGCAGGCCAAGUGAUCUGUUGAUAAGCCUGGUAAACUCUAGUUUGGCCCACUUCCCUGUUAGGUCAUGAUCCCCAACAGGUUGCAAUCUUUUGUCAGAACAAUUGUCUCAUUGGCAAUACUAAUAAGACCUUACAUUUUCUUACAUUUUCUUACAUUUUCUUCUUUGCACAUGUGUGCAAUCCACUUAGGAUAUUGCAUGGUGAUGUGUCUAAUUGAUCAUUUUUAAUCUUAUAUUUUUUGUAGUCUUAAUGUACUUAGCCUCAGACGCAAUAUUGCAGCAGACAUAAAGCAUCCAAUAGAUACAAGCACAGUCUCCAGCAAGUUCUCUUUUGGUAGAGCCCAACCUACUCCUCCACCAAAGCCUUACAGGCCACUUGCAGUAAGAAUGUUUGUUCGAUCAAAAUGAAUUAAGUGCUCUUUAAUAUUUCAGAAAUUAAUAUGACAUAAAUUUUUUUAUUUUCUCUUGGUAGCUGUUAUUUUCCAAAAAGCUAUUUUUUCUUGGUUUGGUGAAAUGAUCAUGUGUUAUGUAGUUGUUGUUGUUGUUUUUUGUUGUUUAAAUACAUGCUUUUGUAAUUAUUACUUUUUCCACUGAAGGGUGGUAACUUUCUGUUUCUUAGAAAUAUAUGUUUUAUAGCCUUCAGUUGGUGCCAAGAUAUCCUCAGGUUUUUGCUUGUAGACAUUAUCUCUUGCAAAAAUGUAACACUUUUUGGAGAUCAAAUCCAAAGGAAAACUUUGAGCCUCAAGGAACAGAUAAAAUUUUUUCAAAGGCAAGAUCUCCCAGCAAAUUUUCAAACCAAAUGGAGGCUAUGUUUUUCAUGAUCAUUCAAAUAUUUUUUUGCUUAGUGCAGAACAAAGCAUUGCAUGUUUUCCUUUCUUAUCUUGUAGGUUAUUAUAUAGAAAUGAUCAGCCAAUUUGACAUACGUUUUGUUGCUGCCUGAUUUUUUCGACAUACUUCGAUUUAUAUGAAUCAUUUAUAAUGUGGGCAUUCUCAAAGAACUUUUUUUGUUUUUCUCCCUGCUUUUAGACAAGACAGGGAGAGGAUAGAAAGGGAAAACCAUAUUUAACAAGAGUAGAGAAACAGCAACAAUGGAUGGAUCAUGAACUGAGUGAUGUGAGUGUUACAUUAUACAAUCAUGUAAUUUUAAUUUCAACCUUCUAACAGAUUUAUUAUUGUAUACAUGCUUCUUAUUGCAAUUCUACAUGCAAUCUGUUACUGUACAGACCCAAGGCAACGUGGAAUCUAUUUGUUUUAUAAUUUUUGAUUAAAAACCAAAAUGCUAUCAAUUUUGACAUCAUCCAGGAAUCUGUCCUCAAAUAGAUCAUAAGUAAAAACUAACCAGAUUGUUUGUAGAAUUCAGCUUAAUAUAUAAACCCACUUUGUAAUACUAUAAUUAAGUAACCAACACAUGCAUCCAGACAAGUCACUGCCCUGCAGUUGGGUACUUCAGUCUAAACUUGCAUAUCUAAAUAGCACUUGGCUCAGAACUUUGCUUUAUGUAUUCAACCUUAUAUUGCUGAGAGCACCCAUGGGGAAUAUCAAACAAAUCUUGUGUUCUGAUUGCCACUAUAGCCUCUGGGGGUUGCCCACUUUCAUCACAUACAAGGAAAAAAUAAUUGUGUGGAGUGGACCUACAAUUAGUGUGUAAUUUUGGACAGUGUCAGCAAUAAAGUUGUAUAAUAUUAGCUGCAGGAGACAGUCAAAACAGAGAAUUAAACAACCCUUGUGCAUUUAUUGUGCUACAAACACAGUUGGCUUUCUUACCCAGUUCUCAAAACAACAAGUUAUAUAAUUCUUACUAAUAAAAAUAUUUUUUCUACUUAAUAAAUGCCUUAUUGACCAGGCUUGUUCAGUCAAGAUGGCUGGAUAUAAGCCUUGUUUGUUUUUCAUGCUUGGUCAAUAACCCACAUAUAUGACACUCUGAUCAAACAGAUGUCAUACUUAUACUUCCUUUUUACCAGAGUGUGAAAUUAUUUAGUGAAAUAAGAGGGUUUGAGACCUGGCCAGGUCAAUGUAUUGUGUUCUUGGCAAGACACUUUACUCCCACACUUCCUCUCUCUACCCAGGGGUAUAAAUGGGUACCAGCAAAUUUUCAGGGAAGCCUGAUGAAAUGCUGGGGGCAACACUGUGACAGAAUAGCAUUCCAUCCAGUGGGGGAGUAGUAAUAUACUUCUGAUUGCUUCAACAUGGUUUGGAAACGGAGAUAAGUUCCUGCUGGGUGGGCUAAUAGGCUAGAACACAGACUUUACCCGUAAAGAGAGGAUCUAAAGACCUGUAGCAAAUAUUGGGUUUUAUAGAUUUAACAUCCAUUAUGCAUCAUUCUAGCUAAGGAAGUAGCUCACAGAGUGAGUAACAUUUAUGCAUGCAUGCUUGGUUGUUUAACUGGUCUUCUUAUAACACAUUUAACCACAAGUUGUUUGGUAAGCAACUUAUUGUUUCAUGAUUUCUCUUACAGCUACAAAGGCAAAUGCCACAUCUACAAUCAAGUUUAUUUCAGAACAUUAGCAGUCAAAAUCUUCCCCUCCAAAAAAAAUCUAUAUCAGGUAAAAAUAAUCUUAAAUGAAUUAACUCCUGCCCCAGGUUCACAAUUGGAACCAAAGGAUUUUCCUUCAUCAUCCCUUUCCCUUGAUCUGUUGACUUCCCUUUUUGAGCCUAAUGCACUCAUGGAGACUUUGCAUACCUUAGGGCAACUUUACUCAGAACUUUCUAUACUUCUGACAUUGCUUCCUGCCUUAUGCUUGGUAUUUAUCUUUAUGAUUGCAUUCCUUUAUUACUUUGGCAUGGCAUGGUUCCAAAAUUAUGAAAUAAUGUUUUAAAAUACAACUCAAAUUUAAAGCUAAACAACAAUGGUCUCCAGGACCCAGUUGUUAUUCCCUUAUUCAAAAGCCUAUUUGGGAUAAUUUUCUGUAUCCUUUUUAAAUAACCCAAUAAUUACAUUCUAGACAAAAAUAAUCCAACUGAAUUUUCUUUUGAAGCUAUCAAAUCUGAAAUCAGAUUCCACACUAAUCCUGGGUUAUCUUAACUCAACUUUGAACACCCCUGCCCAGUACACCAAAAAAUUCAUGGUGGAAUGUACAUGCCCAAUGUGAUGACCUUAAUUUCCAGGAAGGAUAGAGAUAAAGAUUUUUUUUGUAUUGUUGGUAGCAGGUCAAUAAAUAGCAGUUUGUUUUACUCCUCAGAUUCUGUUUCAAUAUCAGAGGAAAACAUUUCUGGAGAAAGGUAAACCUUUUUCCUUAAUUUUUGUCUAUCAUUAAAAAGGUUGUGGUGUCUCAUUUAUGAAGUGUUAUCAUUUUCUUACGAUGUGUUCAUUUAGAUGUGGAUUGCAACAUUUUGUAUUACUACGACUCCCUGUGACACCUAAAUAGUCCAUUUUAAAGUUGUGUGCUUGGUUGCCAAGCCUUUGAACAGGAGUGAGGCUAAGGGUGACCUUGUUAUGAUACAGACCUUGCUGCUUUUGAAAAGUAAAUUACUUUGUUAUCAUGCUUACUAGAUACUGGUCUCUACCUUAACCAGGUCGCCUUCAGCCUCACUCCAAAUAAAAGGCUUGGCAACUAUAUACGUACACAACUGUAAAAUGGCCUAUUAAACUACUUGAAGCAGUAUUUUGUGGGAAUGUCUUGAUCCACAUCUCCUUCUCUUGAUGCGAUAUUUUAUUUCAUUGCUCAAUUUGCUGAAACAAUAUUUUUAUUUACACAGAAAUGAUGAUGCAACACUCAACUCUUUACGGCAAGUAAGUCAUGUGUUUCAUAUCCAUGCAGUCUAGCUCUCUGCUGUUGGUUAAUCCAAUACGAACUCUAGGUUUACUUUUGGAGUAUAAUUUUGCCCAAGGAAUUUUAAUUCUAGUCACACUUCCAUGUGCUCUUUUAAAAGCACUUAACUGUAUGACAACAAAUUUGACACUUAUAUCAUCUAUGUAACUACUAAGACAUUUUUUCUUCUUUCUUUUUUUUGUUAAAGAAAUUUUCAUCUUUGCCAGAAUUGUUUUCAAGGGAUGCUGUACUAGAAGAGCUUGGUGUCUUGCCAGAAGAUGUAAAAGGUUUGGAGAUAUUAAAUGGGAAGAUGGAAAAACUUCUCAAUUUUCUUCUUUACACUUCAACUAAUAUAAAUAUUUCAUAAUGUACAAGUAGGAGUGAAUAGAACACUCCAACCCCAUACAAAUAAAGAAAAUUUGCCUUUCAUAGUGUGUUGCCUUUGAAUAGAAAUGUGAAAUAAUUAAAAUUUUGAAAUCUCUUAGGUGAAAUGAAUUCAAAUGCUAAUAUUGUUGCUUUAUUAUCACAUAUUCUAGCUCAUGUGCUCAAGAGAAGCCAGAGUGAGAGUAAACUUGUGGUGUGUGCAAACAAUAGUGUUAUUUUGAGAGUUCAUCCUACAAAAAGGGUAGCAGGGAGUGCUUCUCUGUCACCUGGAUAAGGAGGGGACCUUUUCAUGAAAUUUCUAGUGACUUUGUAGGCCUAAUGGACCUUUCUGUGUCGUUUCCUUAUAUAUUUACUAUUUGAAUUUCGAGCCCAUCAAUCUCUUGAUCUCAAAAGUAAACACAGCAAACUAAGAGCAGUAGCAGCAGAAACCUAUUUUUCUACCCUGUUCCCUACGUUUUGAUUCUUCUAAAUGGGUUUCUACAGGUGAGGGGGGUUUGUUUAAUGAAUACUUUUCUUUUAACCCUCUAACCCCUAAGAGUGAUAUGCACCUAAUUUCUGUAACAGUAUCACUCUUGUAAAGUAAAGGUCAUGAGAAUAAAGGAAAUGAUAACCAAUUCAAGAAGCAUCUGAUUUUCAGGCAAAUUCUCCUUGUCAGUACCAAAGAAAUUGUGAAGAGAACAGUGUAGAGAACAUGAAUAUGAAGUUAAAGUUAAGGCUUAAAAAAAAUACAGUAAAACUCCCAGUAACUUAAACCCUAAUUGUUUUCCCUGAAUUUCUCUCUGCUUACAUUUAUGUAAUAUUACCAUUGGUAAGGCUUGGUAACUUUCCCUUCUUGCUAGCAAGAAUUUGUUUGGUUCCCUUCCAGGGGUUCCCUUUGGGUAAUUUUCCAUGUAAUGUUUACCCAUUGUGUCUCAAACUGUGUUUUUUAAUAUCAGAGUCCAGACUAGCAGUAUAAUGGAACCCAGAAUGUUAUAUUUUCAGCCGACCUCUUUGUACUGCACCUAAAAUUUGAUUGGUAUGUUUACUGUAACAAAAAAGACAAAAACAAAAACAAAACAAAAAAAUUAGUCAACUCUGUUUUUCCCUCAUUUCUGGUCAUUUUUUGUGAAUUCUGGGAACUGAAAUUCCUGGUCACUCAAUUCUUUCCCAAUCUCCUUUGAAAGGUCAAGUUCUCAAGAGUCAGCAAUGCCUUUUUCCUUAUUUAUUGCUAAUAUCAUUUCAGGAAGAGGAAACGUUUGAUGGACUUGAAGAUGACAAGACAGCUGAAAAAAGGUUGUUGUUUAUUUGGUCCCCUGCAUAUUUCAAAAUCCGAUAACACCAUAGCUUUUACAAACUUAGCCCCUAUCAGAUUGUAGACUCAAGAAGUUCAGUUGACUUUGUUAAGUUAUAAUCAAUGGCUCUAAAUGAACUAAUUUGUAAAUGAAAUAAUUUGCGUACAAAAGCACCAUAUCAUCCAUGCAUUUGUAUGUGUCCAGUGACGAAAUAUUUAUUAAGUUAAAUAGACUGUCCAACCUAUUCUUAUAUCGUCACUAAAUUUAGAGUACAGAUAUUUUAUCUUUGUUGUUAACCUAUACUAUCAAACCAGAUAGAGCUAUAUCCACGGACUGUGGCAGAUUUGCAAUAUGUAGGUUCCAGGUUAAAACUGUUUAACACUCAGUUUGCUGAUAUUUAGGAACUUAAAACCAAAGGUAAAUUUACUGUAUAUUUUUAGGUCUGAUAAUGCAAAUCAUGCCUCACGAGACCUCGUCAAACUUCUGGACUCGUCUUUGUCAUCAAAACCCUCGGUAAAGAACAGAAUAUACGUAGUAACAUGUAUACAUACGAUUAUUGGCGAUUUACACCUACCAGCGCUGAUCGUGUCUAUAUCUUCCAUUAUCAAAAACGAUGCUAUCAUGUGAAUUCAAAAGUUAAACUCAAAAACCAAGAUUCACGAAAGCUACAUCUACAUCAAAAGCGACAAGUGAAAAGACUUUCAUGAAAAGUAACGCCAGUUUAGCAUUUUGGAAUACUGUUUUUUCGUUGUGGUUUUAAAAUGUUAAACAGUACAAUCAUAUUAUGUACAUUGAAUAGAAUGGUCAUAGUUUGUCGUAAUUGUUAUUAAAACCGGCAGUACAACUCUUGAGCAUACGCGGAUCUAAAGCGAUGGUAGUAAGCAGAAAGCAUCGUCCAAGUUAAAGAUGAACCCCAUAGUUCCCUUUUAAUGAGACAGACAAGUUACUUCUAAGAGGAAAUACAGCCUUCGAGAUUUUGUAAGAGGAUUCUAGAAGAGUGACAGUUAGUGCAUUGUUUAGCCAGCCCUAUCCUCAUCUUUAGAUCCAAUACGGUGAAAUUGCGACAGUUUUGUUCUUCAUUUGUUAUUGAAGCUUCCCUCUUGCAAAGCUACUAUUUGUUUUAUCAAAUCUGUGAAUGGUGAUCUUGUGUCUUGUCUAUGGUUUAGGAAGGAGUUCAAGGCGAAGAAGAAUACGACGAUCUGCCUCCACUUUUACAGGUUCGAGUUACACAAUUGUUGAUUGUUCAUGUAAGACUUCUGCCUAAAAGUUAUUGAAGACUUUGCUACAGUGAGCGAGUAGGUUAUGCAACAAAGGUUUAUGUUUUGUUCAAGGCACUUGCUCGGCACAGCACGAGACACAAGGAAAGAGAUCAGAAGACACAAAAGCGGCUAAAGAGAGAAGUUGAAUCUAAGGACAACUUAGAUGAUACAAGUAGUGUCACAUCCACAAUAGGGUCAACAGAGGCGUCUUCAGUGGCUGCUGAUCCAACUAUUCAGGAAGAAACGUAAGAUUUCACGAAAACAAAUUGAACUGAUAAUUUGUCGUGCAUUUUUUUUAAGUCCAGUUCUCAUUACGAAACGUUUUCAUGAUUCAUUUCGUCUCUCACAUUCUUCAUGGUUAUUUUUCCUUAUUUGGGAAAUAGUUACUGCCAUUUGGUACAAUCAUCGGUUUGAAUUCAUUCGGGACAAGAAAUUAAGCACAUUUUUACUGAAGAAGAUAUCACUAAGAGCCAAGGAGGAUUCAACGUAAAAAUUGGCGCUCAAUUGUCUGAAGCACGAGAAAACGGAAAUCUUUAAUUUGCCAUUGAUUUUAGUUUCACAUCUGAUCAGCGCAUGAGAGGUUUGCUUGAAUUGUGUAAACCAGUCACAGAGGGAGAUAAACCUAAACCAGUGCAAUGCUGCAUUAUUGUGGACACACAAUAAAGGAAGGAAAUUGGGUGGGGUAAACAAUCGUAAAAUUGAUUUAAAAUUCAGUUGCAUAACUAAUUAAUAAAGAAGAAUGAACACCUCUCUAAACAUUGGUGUGGCUAUUGAGAAUGCCGAUUGCUUCUUUAUAUAAGUACUUCUUCAUUUAAUCGUUGAUUAAUUCACAUUUUGUUUAUUUUGGGCCUCGUUUGUAAACCAUACGAAUUUAGGUGUUGUCACUCCAUGUUUAGUUGGACUACAUUUUUUGGUAACCGGUCGGUUCGACAAUGAGUCGUUUCGCAAACAUCUCUGGUCAGUUCACAAACGUGUAGAAGUCAGGUCGCAAACGUUCAGAAGUCAGUUCGCAAACGUAAUAAACAUUUACAUGUCAACUUGGGUUUAACUAUACGAUUCAGAAUACAACAUUGCUGACACGUUGUAUGCGUAAAUUGUUGGAUGUGAAAUCUCACAGCUUAUUUCUCGCUUAAGUAUAUUUCAUAAUCAAAUGGGCAGUUUUUAUCCGGUGUCUCAGUAGUUGUGAAUCAUCCUUCAAAGAGCAAAGCUUCCUGAUAAAACACAAAAACAGUAAGACCUGUUUCAUAUCGGUAGAUUGAUUUGCGGAUUACAGCUAUUGUACAUGCAACACGCAAGCGCUGUGAUAGAGCGAAAUCAACAACAAGACUGCAUGACUUAAGUUAGAGAGUUAGUUUGUAUCCUUAAACGUUGACAUAUAAAAUCUACAAUGUGUGUGAACUAACUUCUACACAUAUAAAUGUUGAUAACGUUUGCGAACUGACUUCUAAAUGUUUGCGAGCUGACUUCUAAACGUUUGCGAACUGACUUCUAAACGUUUGCGAACUGACUUCUAAACGUUUGCGAACUGACUUCUACACGUUUGCGAACUGACUAGAGGCGUUUGCGAAACGACCGACAUUCCAUUUUUUUAUCGUUAGGUAAAAACAGAGCAUAAGAUUUGAUGUAAAGAAUAUUAUAUUAGUGAUAUAUUCAUCUGGACUCACCUCAAGUUGAUUUCUAUUUUCCUGUUUCAGUAUCACAGAAUUUACCGGUGAAGAGGUAAGUUAAGAUUUUGUCAUUUUUGCAUCAUCUGUCUGAAUUUUCGAACCUCUUCUUGAGUUUGAAGUUGAUAAUUAUCUGAACAUUUCACCCGUCUUUCUACUUUCCACGCUUUUAUCCUUCACUUCUCGUUCUUUCAGAGCAACAUAACUGUCUUAUGUAGACAUAAAGGACUGCCUGUUAAUCUCACCAAUUCCUUCCGUGCAUCUGAAGAAACAAUGACUUUGACAAGACUAAAUACACGAGAGGCUCUUACCCACUUCAAAAUAUUCUUUCAUUCUCAAACUGCUCGAACUAAUAACACAUUUAUAGAACAUGUCUUAAUAAGUAUGUUCAUUUAUGUCAGCAUCCUCAGCCUGCAGUUGUGUCACUGCGACUUCCUGAUAAGGUACGUUUAAAAAAAAUAUUAUUUUAUAGGAACUCGAUAUUUAUAUUUAUAUUUGAUAGGGACAGUUUGGGGAAUAAGACAGCAAAACCCUCAGAUAAAUCAUCAUGGGUUGAAAGGUGUUUAAAACAAUAAUCGUACUGGAGGAAACCUGUUUACUUCAUUAGUCCGUGCGGAAUUGAGAUGUGCUCUUGAAAUGUAGAAACAGUAUAGUAAAGAAAAACCUGGAAUAAAAACUUUGUAAUGACAUCGCCCCUGAAGAGGGAUUUCCGCAUUACAAUUUCUUUAGGCAAUAGACUAGACUUUCCAUCGGUGUACAGUUGUACAGUGUACAUGAUAAUCCUCUUGGUAUGUUGGAUAACACGGGAUAAAAAUGUGUAAAACACUCGCUUCCGACGUGUAAACUGAUAGAAAGUUUAGUCUGUUGCUUUUAGGUAAUAAACUUCAAUUUUCUUUGGGUUUAUCAGUUGGUUUUGACCAAUCAGGGUGCGCGUAGUAUCUCAGUUAUUUUAUAAUUGUGCUUAGACAUACGUAUUGUCAUUGGAGAAAGAGUCAGAGGGAGCCUUCAUAUGUAUCUUAUGUUAAUUUUCUCAUUUGUUGUUAUUUUUUCUAAUGGCAAAGUUAUCUGACGGCUUUUAUCUCCUCAAUAGAAUUAUUUUCACACGCUAACGCGAUGAAAAAUUUGUUUGUUAAGUACUUGAUACCAGUGCUCAUAACGUAAGCGCUCUCACGGGCUAUUUUACCAUCCACUUAGGGUAGAUAUGGGUGGACUGAAUAAUUAUGCCCCAAGAAUAACUUGAUUAUCUUUUCAGUCUGUAGUGAGAGCAUCAGAUGUUCGAGUGUCCAACAGAGUCAACAAAGCUUCAGUGACACUCAAAAGAUAUCCCACUGUUUACAAUGACCUCAUCGGAGAGGUAAGAGUGUACAGUACUGAAGUUUCACGGCUUUCUUCUGAAACUCACCUCAGUUUUAAUAUUGUUCAAUACAUUUCUGGACAGAUUGUCAACAAGACACAUUUUGCGAUCCUAAAACUGUGUUUUCCUUGGUCAGGGGUGUCAACAAUCGUCCUAUGCUAGAAAAAUCAAUAACUGUUUAUUAAUUCCUCUUCUCAUUUUCAUUUACUAAAGCUAACCCCGAGGAAUAUUCAAACAACAGCUAAUCAAAUGAAUUUUUAUAUCACGUGUAAAGAGGUUGAUCUCCUUUUUAAAUUGUUUUUAAGUGACGACAUACGUAAAACCAAGGAGAGUAACUUGUGUUGCGUAGAUUACGCUAACUAGUUCAUUAGUUGUGUUUUUAGAUAGAGAUUAAAACAGAAAAGACGAAACCCACAUACACACACGCUUCUCGUCAUCGUUAUGAAUAGAUAUGGGUAUAAAUUCAAGUGACAUGGGAAUACAAAAGUUUCUUGAAUGGUGGUUCGGUCUGUCAAAGUGUGUGAAUUUAAAUGUAAUGUGUCAAUCAAUUUGAAGCUUCAACAUUCCCCCAGGGCAACCCCCGAGCAUUUGAGCUUUAGAGGAUUGGUUCAUUCAAAUUUCCACUCCCCAGGGACAAAAUUGUUUUCAAAUGCCCCACCUAAGUGUUGGAUUUGAUCGUCAAUUUUUUUGCAAAAGGCAAGAUUAGCGACCAAGACUCUUGUGGACUUUUUCUUACGAACCAUCUGCUCCCAAAGUAAGCUUGUUGGCUUUAAAAACACCUCUAUAUUAAAAGAUAAAACACUUUUAUUCUACUGAAAGGACUGGACAGUUCCAGGUUCAAAUUCUCCACUUCACUUAGGAACGGUUUAAGUUUCCCACGCCCGGGGGCACGGACAACAGUCAAAUGGGGUUGUGGGUCAAUAAAAAGAAGAUUGGGAAAGUGGGAGAAAAUGGUGCGGUGUCAAAUUUCAAUUCCUCCAAAUGUUUUUCUUGAAAUGUCGGGUGCGUUUCUUGAUAAAAUCGAAUAAAAGAAGACUGAUAGAAAAAUGUUAAUGAACUCUUGUUUUCUUUUCACUACGUAUUUGUUGUGUGUAACGUGAAACAUUCUAUGCAAUGAAGCACAGGAAUUAGACACGGCAUUGGAGCUUCACUGAUCCCCCUUGCUACAGUAAUGUUUAGGGAGUGUCCCGUUCCCUGUGGCAAAAGCCCUUACUCCACAUGUUUGUUUGGAGGGGAGAGUAAAUUCAGUAUAUUUCAUGGAUUUUUAAUAAAAGUCGACUAAUCUCUUGGUAAGCAAAGAUUUCAGGACCUAUUGGCAUUUCAGAGGAGUCUCAGUCGUAAUAUCUCUUCAUAGAAUUGUUCUGAAUUUGAAUAGUUUUGUAUCUGUCAGGGUUAAUAUUCUUUCAACUUCAUGCACAUAUUCCAAUUAAUUUUUGGAAUGCAUGGACACCGUAUUUGUGAAUUGUCUUGAUGAUGUUGCUGUUUUUGACGUGAUAUUUCAGAUUGAUACACCCACUGUCAAGUGGCUGGAUAAGAACCUGUUUAUAGGCGAGGAAAUUAAGGAAGUUUAUGAAGAAAUCACCAAGACGAUUGGCACUGAUCAUCUCCUAUUUGAUCAGGUAACGCGAUGCAAGACCACUCAUGGAAACUCAACAUGCAAAAAAAAAAAAAUAUAUAUAUAUAUAUAUAUGAUAAAUAUAGUGCUUUAAAAUUUGAUCCUUCACAUGGACAAUGUAUAUGGGAUAGAUACAUGUGUUUAUUAAAUGUUAAAUUAUUGGAUUGAUUGCGUUGAAGGCUGGGUAAAAUGAUAAGUAAUUGCGCAUCAUGGAACAUGGAGGUUUGUCUUGGAGGAAACACAUUUGUGUUCGAUGUCUUUGUAGGAUUUAUAUGUGGAAAGAACAACGGAAACAGUAGAUCUUACUCUGUGCACCUCAUCUUCUUCCCUAUGCAAGCCCCGUGCAGAGCGUGUGAUGAACAAUAACUUGGCAAAAGAUAUUCCUCCACCAUGGGGAAAUGGUACUGCUGACAACUGGAGAAACAGGUAGCAAGAAAGACCUAUUAUUCAGGCAUCAUACCUUUACAUCUAUGAAUUCCUGUUGAUCUUAUUUUGCUGAGACUCCCUUCGAAUGUCUGUAUCAAAAAUAAUGGCGAUCGAUGUCUCGAUAGCGCUGUUACGCAGUAACGAAACUUAUUACAUACAUUGUGUUAGCAGAGACAUCAUGAAAUUUUUAAAGAUAGGUAGCUAAUAAAUAGACUGAUCACGAGCUCCCAAAUCCGGAAGAUUAUUUUCCAAGGACUUUGUGCUGGUCAGCUAAAAGAUUGAUUUGACACUAAUUUUCUUCAUUGAAAUUGCAGCCCAAAGUUCGGUGGUCUUGGAAGGGAAGACAUCCUUCAGGUACCUCCAAUUCAUAGUUUCUGCAAAGAGUGUAGUAAUUCCUUACACGUUCAUUGGCCCAGAGCCAUUGUGAACGAGACCCAAUUAGGCUGUGUCUACAUUUGAUCAAGAAGUAAAUUUAUCUGAGAAAAAAAUGACCUUGUUAAUCGAAGUUAUCUGUACCAAGUGAUUUAUGCCUACCUUUUGUUAUGAUAUCAGGCAAAGCUGAAGAAAGGAGAUGACAAUGGUCAUGGAAAUAAAUCCUACAACUCUUGGUUGGCUUGGUGGCGUAGCACCAUCACAACCGAUGACUUCCUUAAGUUUCUCUCCACUCAGGUAACAACUUCAUCACAAACUACACCAAAGUAACGCCAAAUGUAAACAAAUACACCAGCUACACAAAAAUAAAUCACUUCCAUUACUAAACUAAACUAUAACAGCCACAGCAGCUACACUGAACUACAGGAACUACACUGGAAACACCAGUUAUAGAAACUACACUGGCUACACUGACUACAUGGAGCGGAAAUUACAUUUUAGACAAAUGUUUCUCCCAAUUCAGUUUUAUACCAUAAACAUUAGGAACAUUUCAGCUUGCUACACAACCGCCCAUCUCAUGCAGGUCAUCAAAUUUAAAUGGAGCUGAACAAAUAAUUUUUUCAGGAAAAUGAAAGUGUCUCCAAGUUUUCUUUGCCCUUGAAAAAAUGAACAAUGAAUGCUAACUGACAAAUUUUUCAGUCAACACUUGUGCAAAAAUGCAUGUUUCAUUUUUUAUGCUGAUCUUAUUCGAUUGUUCUCUUGUCAAUUUGCGUUACUGGAACAUGUAUUAUCUUGACUUCUGUGUGUUACUCUUCUGAUGAUACUCGUAUUGCACGGUAAAUAACAUCAACAUUUGAUCUUACAGGAAAAUGACUACCUGUCGCUGUUGUUUCAUUUGUACGAUUCUGAUCAUGAAGCCGAUGACGGAGAGGAUGGAGACGAGGCUCGGCCAGACACCGUUCAGUUGGCUUUGUUAAGGUCAUUAAAGGCUUUAUAUCUCCAAGCUGUACUCAGAAAUCUUUUGUGAAGACGUGGUUAACUCAAAGUGUCUACGAAUGUGUAGACGAAUCUCAAGAAUGUAUACAGUGUGAGAUUUUAUUUAGGUGUUACGCGAAAGGUUUUUCUCUUAAGUUAGGCUAUUUCUUGUGAAAAACGUGUUGAUUUAACCAGUUCUCAACUCUGGUUUUAGGGAGCGAGAACGAAAACUAGCACAACUGAGGUUGUUAAAAAAGGACUAUCAACCUGGUGUGUGGAAUGUUAAUAGUGUACUUCUUGGAGGACUUGGGAAUGAACCUGAUGUUGAUGGUAAAUAGAUUUAUAGCAAAUGCAAGUAUGACGACGUUCACACAACUUCCCUUCCAAUCCUAAGUCCUCUAAAGCGAUUGAUGCAACGAAGGGCAAAAGCAACCUAAAACAGCAGUAUUCUGCAUGAAAACGAUGAUAUUUUGUUGUUUGCUCCAUAAGAUCCACUGUAGCCCACUCCUAUCACACGAGUUAGUAAUGUGAUCCGUUUGGACUUGUUGCUCUAGUUAUCAAACAAUGUUUUUCUGCUUUUGCUCUGUCGUUCUUGAUGACCGCCUUAAAAACUCCUGUCCUUUAGUGAAGCAAUCUAAUGAGAAAUUAGGACCAAUCAAGUAGAUCGAGCAGUGUGUAGAUAUUUUGUGGAUUCCUGUUGAGUUUCUGUUCACUUUCUCCUGUAGAGUGGCUUGGGUUCAACUUCGAAAAUAGGCCGUUUGAGAUAAAUUUUUUUAUUGUCUUCUGUUUUCUUAGAGGAGGAACUUCUAGCUAAUCUUGAGGAAAGUCUUAAUAUCGUUACGUCAGACACAUCAACUAAACAGACAGGUGGAGCAGCCACCUCCCCAUUGUCUCACUCGGUUGGCAGUGCAAAGUCGGUGAGCUCAAUGUCAAAUUCUGACCGGCAGAGAGUGGACACAAGUUCUGUGGGUGUCAUACCACAAGCUGUUAGUAGUGCUGGUGCAGAAACGGCUAGUACAAGCGAGGUUUGUCACUCUGAGGGAAACGAUAAUUCAUAUAAAGAUCGCCCACACCUUUUGCAGUAGGUCUAUUAAGAUUAUUUUAUUUUGUUAGGUGGGUUCAUUGUCGCCUCAGGAUCGUCUGGAAAGGUUAUGGACAUUGUUAUGUAUGCCUGAUACACAGAGACUAGACAUGGCUAUAAAAUACAGUGCUGAACCCUACAGCAGUAAUCUUCUAGAGGUACAAGAACAUUCUUGAUCAAUGUGAAAAAAUUGAAAAUUUGAUUUACUCGUGUAUGGUAUGGUCUUUCGAUUGUCAAUCAAAGGUUUGGUUCCUUGCGUCAAAAAAACUACCUUCGAGACUAGAGCCACGAUAUAGCUUUUACAUUUGUAGAUAUUAAGUUGCACUUCAUCGGCGGAAACUCAGAAACUAUUAAAAUUUAUUAUUUCAGGCUCUUACCUUCUGGGAAAUUGCUACAGAGGUAAUCUUAGACCGUGAGAGUUUAAUGACUAAGCUUGAAGAUUUUGAAAGAACUGCUUCCGAUCCUAACAGAUUCUUUGCCAAAGGUAAGUUUCGACGAAGGCUGUUUGCCAUUCACAUUAUGUUUUAGAUUCAGGCAUUAGGAAACAAAUUUAGCCCAAGUCAUUACUGAUAGUCAAACCUACAUGUAACAUCUUUAUUGAAAUAAAUCAGUCGUUCCUUCUUAUAAGUGGCACUUUUUCCUUAGAAAACAAUGGUUCAUCUGCUUCGCGAAUUAAGGAAUCCAAGACAAGGGAUUGGUUUAAUAAGGUAAGGUAAUCAAACGUUCUUCUUGCACAUCUUAAAUUGGCCCACAUAAGAACAGGCUUGGGGUGUUUGCUGAGUUGUAUGAUACGAACAACAUGAACAACUUGUAAUGAACAAAUCGUCAAACACCCUUUUUUAAUGAUAGAGUGCACUUAGGCUGCAUGCUGGCCAUUAAACCAUUUGUGUGAGAGUUAUUUGAAGGGACAAGUGUACAAAAACUGCAAUUUAACUGGUGUGCGUGAAAUACUUUAUUUUCCAUGGGUGGCAGCGCCUCACUCGCAUUGAGAGUCAGAUUAAAAGAUCGGUUACAGAUGUUCAACGUCAGUUUGGCGACAUUGUGACAUUUCAGGUAUGCUGUUUUUUUUUAAAUAAGCCAUGUGCAUUGGUGUAAUGAAAGGAAAUGUACAAUUUGAAGGGUCAAGGAGUUGGGGGGAGAUUAUCCUGUAGAUCAGUUCUUGCCUAUUUGUCUUUUUCAUGUUUCUAAACCCUGGUGAAACCCCACUUUAGAUCCAGAAAUAGUCAUUCCAUGAAGACUUAGUCAUUUCUUUUUGUGACCAACUGUUUUGGCGUUGAAGUAUCCCUCUCACGAAGGGCUAACACUUGAUACUUCAACUUAGAAACUCUUAACAGUGGCCAAUUUACAUAGUCAGUUCGGUUGUUAAACCAAAUUGUUUUGGGGUUGGUUUGGUUAAUUAGGACUUUUCCUGUUCUCUCGGUCACCAUUCCAUGCGGUUUUCUCUCAAGUUGUUGACACAGAGACACUUAUUGUAUAUCACUCGUGGGAGUAACUUCAUUUUGGUUUACCCCAAUAUAACACGAGCUAAGAAAAAGGAAACGAAGGAAUAAAAUAUGUUAUGACUUAUGCUAUAUUAUAUAAGAUUUCAAAACCAUGGUCACGAUUCUGAUUUAUUUUGCUGUAACUGACUGAAUUAUUGGUGAGUUUUUUUGCUAAUUCUUUGACUAUGAGGGAUUCUUAUUUGAAAUCUAUGUAAUCUAGAAUGAAGCUUCCCUGGUACAUUUAACCUUACUAUGAUUGCCUUUUUCUUACAGAAAUUGUAAACUGUAUCGGCACUUUGUUUGACUUUUUCAGGGUCGCCCUUACCUGGAGAAAAUAAACCUGGAUCGAACCGAGAUGUUUUAUUGGCUACAGCAGGAGCGACGACAACAUACGAUGGACAGAGAACUUGUCAAGAUGAGGGAAGUCACACUUAACGCUACUGAUCUUCCUCCAAUACAAGCGCACAUGAUAUUGUAAAUAGAAUGCUGAUUAUGGUAUAGAG